AUGUGCAAAGAGCACAACGAGAAACUAACUCACUACGUGCGGCAUCUUCCGCGCAAGGACUACAGAAUGUUAGUGGAUCAAAUAUCUUUAAAAACUAGUCAGGUAAAUGAUCUCACAGAAAAGCUGCAUGAAAAACAGCGUGAAGUGCAUAGUUUCAAAAAGCAAUUGGAAUCUGUACAUUCUGAAAAAAUGAUGUUGCAACGUAACUUAGAGAAUACAACACAGGAGAGAGAUAAUUUUCGAAUUUUACAAGCCAAAUCGGGAUACCAAAUCCAGCAGCUUACCACGGAAAUAAGCACAAAUGAAGUAAAAAUAAAUUCAUUGAAUUUAAAAAUCGAACAUCUUAAUAAUUACAUUAAGGAACUUCAAUCUGAACUUAAAAACAAGGAAAACUUGGUUGCUGGGCUGCGUAAAGAUAUGCGAGAAAUGAAAUCAAAAAAUGAAAUGUUAGCAAAGGCAAUUUCAAAUGAUGAGCUUAAAUUUAUGAAGAUGCGUCAUGAGUUAGAGGAAAUGAGAAAGGAACGUAAUUUGGUUGGAUUGCAAAUAGUGCGCAGAAACGAUGAAAUUGUUGUUAUUAAAGAAAAACUUCAAAUUGCCCAAAAUGCACUCGAUAACGGAACAACACAAUACAAUCAGCGUGUAGAAGACAUACGAUUAUUAAAGAAAGAGAUAUCUAACCUACACACUGAAAGUGAAUGUCUUAAGCACGCUAUUAAAAGCACUGCUGAUAUGAGAAAAGAAAUUGUGCGCUUGCAACGCGCUCUUAAUCAAGAGCGCAUACGAAUACGAGCUCUUACGGAAGAUGCGAAAACACCUACUGGAGUGCAUCGAUGGCGUAUAUUAAAGGGCGAAGAUCCUAAAAAGUUUGAGUUACUCGAAAAAUUACAAAUUCUUCAAAAGCGAGCAUUAAAGCAGUCGAUUGAAAAUUCAAACAUAAAAAAUAAAUUGGCAGAAGCACAAAAAAAUAAUGAGACCCUGAAGCGAACGUUAUCGCAUAUGCCAACAUGGGAGAUAAAACAUAAAUUAGUUGUACAACAGAGCGCUGAGGUGAUGACUACCCAACUCUUCCUUUUCUUCGCACCCCUGUAG